AUGGCAAAACAACUUCUGGAAGUCACAAAAAUCUUUCAGAAGUUAGUGAUAAACUCCAGAAAAAAUGUUGCUACGCCUUUAAUUAAACUACAUGACGCGAUUUGCGAGAAGCCGGCUAUCAUCACAGCGAAUGCGACGAGAAACACCAAUUACUUCAACAAACUGCCCGCGAAAGACCUCUGGAAGAGCGUGACGUCGGUAAGUAACGCGGGCAGAAAAAGAGGCCGAGCCAAAGCCAUUUCCAAACGCAAAAUCAAAGAUCUUAAUAAAGGUCAGAUUAUCGGAAGCGGUAAGGCGAAUAUAUUAUGGCCCGGUUUAAACACGCCGAUCUUGCGGGGCAAAGAGUUGGUCGAGCAGCAGCAGUUACCAGAAAACCCGGAACGGGAGAAAAUGCUGGCUGAACUGCGAGACAAAAUGGGUUCAUUCCGGCGUACCAAACUUAGCCCAAUCGAGAGGGGUUGGUCGGGUGUCAAAAUGCCGGGCCGAAGUUUAGGUCCACCGGAUCCUGUGGGAGAUGAUACGUUCGAAGGGUUUGAUUCGCGGGUGCUGGAACUAAAGUUAGUAUUUAAUAUGAAGGGUAACUUUGGAAGGGUGAGGCGUAUGUUGGCUUUAGUAGUGUCAGGUAAUGGUAAUGGGCUGGGAGGGUUCGCUAUUGGUAAAGCCAUGGACCCCAGAACUGCCCUGCGGAAAGCUAAGAACAGAUCGGCUCAGAAACUUAUGCACAUCAAAUUAUUCCGGAACCACACCGUGUGUCACCAUUUUUUUACGCAAUUUGGUGCCACCAAAAUCUACGUGUGGCAGAGACCUCAAGGACAUGGUUUGGUUUGUCAUCGGGCUAUCAAAACCAUCUGCGAAGUGAUUGGCAUCAAAGAUCUGUCUGCUAAGGUGGAGGGCUCGACCAAUAUCAAUCACAUCGUUAAGGCCUUUUUCCUUGGUCUCAUCCGACAGAAGGCGCCCCAGGAAAUAGCGGAAGAGAAGAAACUUCAUUUAGUGGAAAUAUGCCCAGAAAACAACUACUUUCCGACAGUUAUAGCAUCACCAACUGAAUGUCGAAAAUCUUCCGAGGUGGACAACACCGAAAUCUUAGAUUAUGAACAAUAUUGCUUCAACGGAAAAGUGGUGCUGAAAAAAAAGAAACCACCGCCGUUUUAUACGAAACUGCCAGGAUAUCAGAAACAUCUCAACAGCAAAGAGCGCGUCAGAAACCUGGACUCACUCAAGAAAAGUUUAAUCGCUGAGUAUGGAGAAAUCAGGACAUUUUUGACCGAGAAGUAUCCUGAAUGCAAACCGUUCAAACGUGAGAAGAAAGUGGAGAGCGAAGCUGAAGCGGAAUAGUUAACAGCUUCAGUUUAAAUAAAUGGUAAUUGUCACAUUGUCUGUUUUACA